GAGAGAUUAACAAGAACGGAUAGUUCCGAGGGGAAAAACUAUCGGGAUGAGGACCCAACACCAGACUAAUUAAAUGAAUAGUCUGAUCCCUUUGUACAAGUUGGGUGGCUACGAAAUGGAGACGGCGCAUCACUAGAGGGACGGUGUCCCAUGACGGUGGACGAAGAGCCUCGGAACAACUUUGAUGUGGGCUCCGGUGUCGUCAGGAGGCUCGUUUUUCGGCCAUUUCAUUACUUGACUGAACCGGUAAAGCGACCCGCAGCCGGGCAAGCUAGCGUGACAGGCGGUGGCCGGGACGCGCGUGACAGACGACGGGACGCACGACGGGCUUUAUGUCGACCACGUGCCAAAAUGUCGACGUGACGGAUAACUUGUCUGCUUGGUUUGUUCUCAUAAAGCGUUACGCCCCUUCGUGUUCCUUGAUAAAAUGUGUUUUAAGGCUUUGAUUGCGUUCAUACAUUAUUCGGAUCGCGAGCGAGUUUUGCUUAUGUUCCCCUCACGCGCGAGAACCGAGUGAGACGUGAACGCAGCAGGACGCCUCGCGCCACCGAUCGGAACCUCCUCGAGCCAAACCUCCACAAGCUUCUUUUUUUCUCCAAGAGCGACUGCAGUGGAGCAGUGUCCUGUAUGUGCGCGGCGUCGGAGGAAGGGACAGCGCGAGGACACCGUCUCGCCCUCAUACUGUCGAACGUAUUCAAACGCGCGCAUAAAUUAUACUCUUUGAAGACACGAGAGGACGAAUUCUGGUGUAUUCCGCCGUGUAUUGGAAUUAGACUUUUUUGUUUCGGGGUGGGGGGGUGGGGGGAAUUAUGUUCUGGAAUUCUGUGUUUUCUUGUGUUCGUUAAACGGAGAACCAAAGAUAGGGUCCGCAGGAGAGGAAUACUGAUAAUUAUUUAGCUACAUGAUGGAUUAUUGAAUUGAGUAUCUCUCGGGUGGUAUUUUCUCCCCCAUAGAGGAAUGAAACCGGGAGGAAGGGGAGGUAGAGGACGAGGAGAGCUCUUUGGCACUGUGAGGAUGUUCAACGGACGCACCCCUCCAGGAGAACCUUCUUAACCACACACGGAUUAUCAUCGGAUGUAUCGGCCGAUAUUUUGGGCGACUGGGGGUAUUUUUUGGAACCUAAUCGUGUGGAGUUAUGAGUACAAUCCUCAACUAUUUCUCCUAUAAUGGGAUUUGAAAAAGAGAUUUCGGCCUUGGCCUGAGUGUGGAUCCCGAUCAGAGCCCCAGCGGGAUCCCGGAACGAGGAGGUAGAGAAGACAGCCGAUUAAGGAGGUCAGCUUCCAUCCAGCACGCCCACAUGUCAGCUCCAGUCCAAUGUGACAGCUCAACUAACAUGUGAUUUCUGAACAUUGGUGUCCCCUUUUUAAAUCGCUGAAGGUGUCCCGGUGCGGUGGCCGCUAACCAUGGAGCGGCUUUUGCUGUGCUUGAUGCUGGUCGUUGCCAUGGCUGUGCGGGCGCAGAUCUGCCCCAAACGCUGCGUUUGCCAGAUCCUGUCACCCAACCUGGCCACCCUCUGUGCCAAAAAGGGUCUGCUGUUUGUGCCGCCCAACAUCGACAGACACACGGUGGAGCUCCGGCUGGCAGACAACUUUGUCACAAGUGUGAAGAGGAAAGACUUUGCAAACAUGACCCGGCUGGUUGACCUGACGCUGUCCAGGAACACCAUCUCCUUCAUCACACCGCAUGCCUUCGUAGACCUGGAGAACCUCAGGGCCCUACAUCUCAACAGCAACCGCUUGACGAGGAUCGGCAACGACACAUUCAGCGGGAUGUCCAAGCUGCACCACCUCAUCCUGAACAACAACCAGCUGGUGCUCAUCCACCAGGGGGCCUUCAACGAGCUACUGGCUCUGGAGGAGCUGGACCUGAGCUACAACAACCUGGACUCCAUCCCCUGGGAGGCCAUCCAGAGGAUGACCAGUCUCCACACUCUGAGUUUGGACCACAACAUGCUGGACUAUAUACCAGAGGGAACCUUCUCUCUGCUCCAGAAACUAAACCGACUGGACGUCACAUCCAACAAGCUGCAGAAGCUCCCCCCGGACCCUCUGUUCCAACGAGCACAGGUGCUGGCGACGUCAGGCAUCCUGUCAUCCACGUCCUUCGCCCUGUCCUUUGGCGGCAACCCGCUGCACUGCAACUGUGAGCUGCUGUGGCUGCGGAGGCUGAGCCGCGAGGAUGACCUGGAGACGUGCGCCUCGCCCCAGCUCCUGUCCGGGCGCUACUUCUGGUCCGUCCCCGAGGAGGAGUUCCUGUGCGAGCCGCCGCUCAUCACCAGAUACUCCCACGACAUGCGGGUGCUGGAGGGCCAGCAUGUGUCGCUCAGGUGUAAGGCUCGCGGGGAUCCGGAACCCGCCAUCCACUGGAUCUCCCCAGACGGGAAGCUGGUGUCCAACACUUCGCGGACCCUGGUGUACACCAACGGCACGCUGGACAUCCUCAUCAGCACGGUGAAGGACACAGGCUCCUUCACCUGCAUCUCGUCCAACCCGGCGGGCGAGGCGCACCAGAUGGUGGAGCUGCUGAUAAUCAAACUGCCCCACAUCUCCAACAACACCAACAGCAUCCAGGAGCCCGACCCCGGCUCCUCCGACAUCUCCACCUCCGCCCGGGCCGGCGCCAACGGUAACAACGCCACGGCCGACGGGAAGCCCGGCGGGGACAAGCGGGUGGUGAUCGCUGAGGCCACUUCGUCCACCGCGCUCAUCAAGUUCAACUUCCAGAGGAACAUCCCGGGAAUACGCAUGUUCCAAAUCCAGUACAACGGGAGCCAGGACGACUCACUGGUCUACAGGAUGAUCCCCCCGACCAGCCAGAACUUCCUGGUGAACAACCUGGCGGCGGGCAGCCAGUACGACCUGUGCGUUCUCGCCAUCUACGACGACGUCAUCACCUCGCUGACGGCCACGCGUGUGGUGGGCUGCGUGCAGUUCACCACCGAGACCGAGUACAUGCGCUGCCACUUCAUGCAGUCCCAGUUCCUGGGCGGCACCAUGAUCAUCAUCAUCGGGGGCAUCAUCGUGGCGUCGGUCCUCGUCUUCAUCAUCAUCCUGAUGAUACGCUACAAGGUCUGUAACCCCGGCAACGGCAGUAAAGGCGUGUCCCUGCGGAUGACCAAUGUCCACUCCCAGACCAACGGACAGCAGGCCCAGGGCUGCACCGUCACCCCCAGCCCGUCCAAACACAGCGCCCUCGCCCUGGAAGAGCUCUCCAGCGGCGCCAGAGAGAAGGAGGGAGGAGGCAGAGGAGGAGGCCUGGGAGGGGGCUUAGGAGGCAGGAGGAAGGACACCAUGACCCAGUCGUCGGAGACCUUGCUGAGCAACUCCUCCCCGGGCACGGCGGUGGCCAGCCCACCCUGGGCCUCCCAUGGGGCAGUGGGGGAGAUGGGGCCACCAAAGAGAGGCUCAGAGAGGGGCCCGGCGGCCGAGCCCGUUGGCGAGCACCCCCCAAGCAAGCAGUCCUCUGGCGGCACCCUGCCCAAGGCCAGGAGGAAGCCCGCCCCCGGGAAGCCCGGGGAGAGGGCCCCGGGGGAGAGGUCCCCCGGGGACCGGCCGGGGUCGGCAGAGGGUCUGAUCUCGCCCAGCGCCCCCCGCCCUAAGUCCUCCUCCACCUCCUCCUCCUCGGCUCUCCUGCCCCCCUCCUCCGGCCGGCUGGAGCACCUCAACACCAACCGCAACAACUCCACCUCGCUGGAACAGCCCCCGGACCCCUCCUUCCCCCACCACCACCACCACCACCACCCGCCCCCUACCUUCCCUCCACCCACCGCCAGCCCCGCCCUCCACUUCAAGGACACGCCCGUCCUGCGCCGUGCCCCCCGGGGCCCCUGCCCCUCCCCCUCCCGGUACCAGACUCUCCCCACGGAGGAGGUGGGGAGGCGGGGCAAGGCCCGAAGGCGGUACUCCCUCGGGGAAGGAGGAGGAGGAGUAGACAAUACUCGCCCCCUACAGCCGGUGGGCGGAGCUCCCAAAUUAGGACGCAUGAUGCGGAACAAAAGGAGCCAAUCGAUGAGUGUCAUGCUAAUCCCCAAGGAAGGGGAGGCGGAGUCUGAGAAGGAGCGCUGUGAUUCUGAUUGGAUCCUGGAGAGCACCGUGUGACGGUCUGUCGUGUCGCUGUGUUUUGACGUUUUGUAGGCGUGACCGCGUGGUUUCCUGUGUGCUUUUGUGUGGAUUUAUGUAUGGCUGCUACUCUGGCCAUCAAGAUGUGUGUGUGUGUGUGUGUGUGUGUGUGUGUGUGUGUGUGUGUGUGUGUGUGUGUGUGUGUGUGUGUGUGUGUGUGUGUGGAAUGGGAUUAGCAUAUACAGCACACAUGUUAUGUGUCCUGUUUUGUUUGACCAUGUGUCAGUAGAUGUGAGGAUGUUUACUGAGUGUGUGCGUGGGGAUGGACCAGAUCUUGUUAGAAACGUUUAUAUUAUAACUUCUCUCCCGUUCAUUUUUUUUUUGAGAGGUUUACAAAAGAUUGUUUUCACCUAAACGAAUACCUUGUAGCGUAUUCUUGUUUUUGUUUGUUGUUUGUUUUGGGAGUUUCGGCUCCAACAGGUGGAUGUUUGCCUUGUUUGGUGUCUUGUGGCUUCCACAUUAUAGCACAAACAAAAUGAAAAACACAACCAAUCUAUAAUAGACAAUGCCGUCUGCAACAGGAUUACACAGGGGCCACGGCCACCCACAUACCCCCCCUCCCCCCGUCAACCAAAAGGGAAAUAAAGGACUACACAACGUCAAAACUACAAACGGAAAAAGCAUAUUAUUCUUAAAAAGGAAAACAGAAUCAGAGAUACAAAGGUGUGUGUUUGUUUUGACGUGCUCGUGGUCGUAACCAUGGCAAGAGAAUAGCAGUUGGGUGCCUUCUUUUGCUCAGUUGUUCCGUCAGUUUCUCUGUCUGCCAGACAAUGUGGAACGAGAGCCGACUGCGUUCCACACCACGAUGUCCAUGAGAUAUAUCACACAUCGCCUUCUGAACUAAUGAGGACACCACGCAAAUAGACUUUUACAAACGUGAAGAUGGACACACACCGUGACAAAAGCAGCGAUGACGAAAACAUAACAAAAAAUACUCUUUACUGGACCUCGUAUUAAAUUAAUAUUUUUUAAAGGAAGAUAUACAGAAAAAAAAACUAACCUGUGUGAGCUUUUUGCUGACAUUGGUAUGUGACAAACCUUUGUCCGUCUCAAGCUCACGGAAAACGUGUGUACAGAAAAAAGACAACAUGUACCGUGUUGUUUCGUUGUGUAAAAAUAAAAUGUCCAAAAUGAAAA